AUGAAGACAUUUGCAUUGCUUUUGGUUCUGGUUUGCAUAGUUGGGUUGGUCAAAUCUUGGGAAUGGCCUUGGCAAACACAAAAGAAGCCCUGGGAGAGACCCCAGUUCCCGAUUCCAAACCCUAAUCCUCGCGAUAAAUGGUGCCGUCUUAAUCUGGGUCCUGCUUGGGGCGGUAGAUGCUAGAAUAUAUUUCACAUACUAUUACAUUACAGCUUCAUUGUCCCGAUAAUAAUUAUGUUACAAAAGUUUUACAUACAAA